GCAUUGGAGCUUGAACUUCUUGGUCUAUAAAUAUUUAGAGUAGUGUGUCCAGCAGUACAGAAGAAUAGUUCAUAAUGGAAACCAUUUCUGAGAGAUCCUCUCGAGCCCAAGCUAGAAAUGGAUGGCUGCAUGACCACUUCCUUUUCACUCCUAGUGCCUUCUUCACCUGGAGCUUGGCUGUGAGCUACAACAUGGUGGAGUAUGCAUGUCUCUCGAUCAUUAUCACCUUCUACACGAAAGAAGCUAUGAAAACUCAUCUAGCGGAAGCAGCCAUAAUCGUUUGUGUGCAGGAUGGUCUCGCUUCUUUCGCAGCUGUAGUUCUCGCUCGCCUCACCUGUGAAAGAUCUGGUCGUCGUUUUUAUGCGAUUGUCUUCACAACAGGUUCAUAUAUUGCAGGAGUGAUAAUGUUAUGGUCUUAUGCCAGACAGCAACCCCAACAUCAAGAGAGGAACUUGCCUCUUUUCUUAGCGGUAUCUUGUCUUUUUGCAUUCGGAAAGGCAGGAUAUGAUCCAGCUUUGAAGUCAUUUCUGGAGCGUAAUUUAUGUGGAAGCUCCACUGAAAGAACGAGCCCGACAAAAAGAUCAGAAAUUUACAAGAACAUAUGGGUUCAUGGUGCUUGGAUUGUCGGAGCCAUCAUAGCUAUCUUUGGCUUUUUGGGACUUAAGUGGCCAAAAGUUUUGGAAUUCUCACUCAUAGUCAUGAUCGCAUCUGGUCUCUUUUUCCUUUUCGGCUCCAACAUUACUGAGCCUGUGAGUCAUUCAUCAGUUCACGAAGACGCCACCACCGUCGUCCCAAAACGAGGGAGAAACGCGAUGAAGUGGCUUUUGAUGUUUAGCUGCAUCGCAUACAGCUUAGUCUUGGCCACUGGUAACAUUUUCUUCCAAGAACAAGGUUCUAAAAUGGAGCCUCUGACGAUAAAGGGGAAGGAGGUUCGGUUUUCUCUCAUGAUUGUAAUAAAGAGCGCUGUGAAUGAAAUCACCAUACUGAUAUUUGGUUUAUUUAAGGCUAACAAAAAGCAAGGGAUCACAUUAGUAAGAAUUGGUAGUGGAAUGGUCUGUGCUAUUAUAUGUUGUGUGAUAGCAUGGAAAGUAGAGAUUGAGAGAAAGAAAGUGGUAAGCGAUAAGGACCCCAAGACUAGUGUGGCAUGGUUGUUCCCUCACUAUGUUCUAUUAGGACUCGUGGAAGGGCUUGCCCAGAGUGGGUUAGAGGAAUUGUUUGGAAAUGAUUAUGAUGAGAAUGAGAGACUGAGGAAUCCUGGGAAGCUUUCAAAAGAGAUGGUUUCAUGCGUGGGCAAGUUCUUGGGGAUUCCUUGUAUUGUGAUUGUGAGAAGGUGGUUCAAGAACUUUGACAAAGACCAAAGCCGUUUGGAUAGAAGAUGAAGGUAGUAAUGGCAUCGCCAAGGCUCAUGUUGAGUCAACAUGACUUUAGGAUUAGUGAGUCUAUACGUAAUCUCUGUAGUAUGGUUGAGCGGUUUGGAUUGUUUUAUUAGACAUGUGUUAAAAUACAAACUGUCAUAAGUGUCAGUUUUAAGUUGUUGUCAGCUGUAUCUUUACUGUAACUAGAUUGUUAAGGUAGGUUAACACGUGUCAAGCAAGUUGCUCAAAAUUAUGCACUUUUGAUCCUCCAUAAAUACUGCAAUCUUCAUCAUGAAUAAAUGAGAUUACGGAGCUUAAUCAUUUU